AUGCUUCCUACCGACGUCUGGGACUACAUUGUCGUCGGCGGCGGCCUUGCCGGCUCCGUCGUCUCCAGCCGACUGCUGGCGCUGAACAACACGGCUAAGAUCCUCGUUAUUGAGGCCGGCCGAAGCGCUGCCGGACGCUCGGACAUCCUCUUCGUCAACUCCACCAACCUGGUCCAGGGCGAGUUUGACUGGAACUACUUUUCCACGCCGCAAGCCCAGCUCAACAACCGUGUCAUCCAGAGCGCUGCCGGCAAGGGUCUCGGUGGAGGCUCUCUGAUCAACACAUGCGGUUGGAUGCGUGGCGCCCGCGUCGACUACGAUGAGUGGGCUCAGCUGGUGAACGACUCUCGCUGGUGUUAUGACAGUCAGCUGCCGUACUUUAAGCGUUCUGAGGAGUACUGGACAGACGAUGUCAACCAGGACGAGCAUGGACACGAGGGGCCCCUCAAGAUCGAGGUCCCGACAACCACCGGCCGCCUCUAUCCCUUGCGGGAUGCCGUCUAUGAGUCGUACGAGUCUGUCGGCAUCAAGGCUCUGCCAGGGCUGGAUGCCAACGCUGGAGAGAACAUCGGUUUUGGUGAAAUCGCCGAGAACCGCCGAAACGGUGUUCGUCAGAUCGCCUCCGAGUACUACCCCUUGGACGGCGUGACCGUCUUGACAGACACUCUGGUUGAGAAGGUGCUUUUGGAGAGCGACGAAAGCUCCGUCACUGGUGGCUUGGUUGCGACCGGUGUCCGUCUGGCCGACGGCAAGGAGAUCCGUGGCAAGGAGAUCAUCGCCGCCGCUGGUGCCUACCGCACUCCACAACUGCUGAUGCUGUCCGGAAUCGGUCCCGCCGACGAGCUGAAGCAGCACGGCAUCGAGCAAAAGGUUGACUCUCCCCAGGUUGGUAAGAACCUUGCCGAUCAUCCCUUCUUCACGGCGAACUGGAGACUCUCUCCCGAGUACCGCAACUCGACCGUCGACUCGGGCAACCCUCUGUUCUUCCAGCAGCAGUACGGCCUCGGACAGCCAAACAACUUCGUCGCGUCCUUCAACGUUGAGGACAAGGACGGUCUCAUCGAUGCCAUUGCCAAGGAAGAGGGCAAGACGCCCGACACCACGCACCCCCUCCUCAAGAACGAGCGCACCCUCAUGGAGGGCUUCGUGCUGUACGUGAACACCGACCCCAGCCUGCCGUCCAACAGCACCUACUUGACGACCGCCAACGUCGGCCUGCACCCGACCUCCCGCGGCUCCGUGAAGCUCGGCUCCUCCAACCCUUACACGCCCCCCUUGAUCGACCCCAACUUCUUCGGCUCCGAGGUUGACCGCUUCGUGUGGCGCGACUCGAUCCGCCGCAUGACCCGGAUGAUGAUUGGCGGCGACACGCCCCUUAGCCAGGGCAUUGUCGAGGCCGAGGCCAGCCCGGCCAGCCUGAAGCCGUUCACGCUUGAGUCUACGGACGAGGAGAUUGAGGAACGCAUACGCGCCAGCGUCAUCGGAACAUACCACCCCAUGGGCACGUGUGCUAUGGGCAAGGUCGUCGACAGCGACCUGCGCGUCAAGGGUGUCAGCAACCUCCGCGUCGUGGACGCGUCUGUUUUUCCGACCCUCAUCACGGCUCAUAUCCAAGCGGCGGUCUACGCUCUGGCGGAACAGGCUGCUGAGAUCAUCGCAUCCGCAUAG